UGCAGGGGAAGCAUGGUGUGUAUCCGCGGAGUGGACUAGGAUAUAGUUUGUGGGAUUAACGCACACUUCGCGCUUGUCUUGCUGUCCUUGAAGUGGGAACUUUGAAGAAACUGUGUGGUUCGGACGCCAGGCACAUAGGUCGUGUUGAUAGGACUCCUAUUUAAUGCGCUUUUAUUUAUGGGAACAGACCGCUGUGCGGGAGGAGUUAUCUGUCUGGGGGCUGACAGAUUUGAUGGGUCGGUAAUUUAUAGUCCUGCCGUACGUUCGGUUAAUUGAGCUAUAGCUUGACCUCCUCUUUAACGGGUGAAACACGCAGCAAAACCUGAAAAUGAACAAUACUUGAAUGCUUCUCAUUGUUUUGCGUACGCUUUAAGAUAUGACUCAGGGAAAGUUUUUUUUCUGUGUUGCAACUAAUGUUGUGUUUUAGUCUUUAAGAAAGAAGAAAAGUCUGAAAAGUUCUCCUCUGAAGGAAAGUCUUAUUAGUGAAUGAGAGGAGCGUUGAGUGGUUAGCCAGCGCGUGCACUGACGCACCGGUGACCAUUCCGCUGCGCGAGGUGCUCAGUAUCAGUUCAGUGCAGCUCGUGCACACCGGGGAGCGUAAGGUACUGUUGUAAUGUUGGGCUCAGAGGACCACGGAGAGACUAACAAAAGAAACGCUACCGGAAUGAAACGGCCAUUUAGCCCCACUGAAGAAGAAACACUAACUGAACAGACCGGACAUAGGGGCGUGUCCUCUGAUGGGGUGGAGUUUACGAGACAGGAUGCCCCACCUGCUAACCAUCGUCCAAAGCGGGAGCGCAAACACAGGUCGUACACGCUCUGUGAAGUGUGCAACAUUCAGCUGAACUCCGCAGCACAAGCACAGAUACACUACAAUGGCAAAACACACCAGAAGCGGCUCAAACACAUAAACAACAGUAAUACAGGUACGGCUGCUCAGGGAAGCCCCCUGCUGGCCUCAUUACCGGUUCAGGGUCGCCCAUUCCAGUCACCUCUGGACCUGAAACACUUCCUGCCCUUCCGGCUCAGUGGCUCCUCCCCUCUCAGCCUCUUCCCCAACUUUAACACAGUGAGUUUCCCCAACUUUAACACAAUGGACCCUGUGCAGAAGGCAGUGAUAAACCACACGUUUGGUGUUCCUCAGUCCUUAAAGAAAAAACAGGUCAUCUCGUGCAAUAUCUGCCACCUGCGCUUCAACUCCACGAAUCAGGCUGAAGCUCAUUAUAAAGGCCAUAAACAUGCUCGUAAGCUGAAGGCUUUAGAGGCUCAUAAGAACAAACAGCAGAGACGACAACUCGACAGUGCACAUCAUAACCGAGAAAGAGAGCGAGAGAAGGAUCGAGAGAGGGACAGGGAGAGAGACAGCGACAGACUGAAAACAAGUGGUCAGGACGCACUUCCUGUCCAGCCCAAUGACAGCGCUGCGGAGGGAUCUGCGGUCUUUGACUCAGACUCUGUCAUAAGGGUGGACAAUGCUCACUCCAGUUCCGUGGUCUUAACGCCUACAUCAGAGGUGUCAUCUGCAGACCUGUCCGACUCUUCCCCUCAAUCGCAGCAUACAGAUAGCCCGCCGGAUGCCUCUGUUGUCACCAGCGAGCAGGACAGCCCUACAGGAGAAACACAGGCUGAGAAGGACCCCAAAAAGACCAAACAACACCUGCACUGUCCCAUCUGCAAAGUUACAGUCAAUUCCACCACUCAGAUGGAGGCUCAUAACAGUGGCACCAAGCAUAAACUGAUGAUGGAAGGACAAAGUGUUUUGCCAAGACGGCGAGGAAAAGCAAUGUCAUCCCGUACCUCAUGUAAAAGCAAGCGAUUGGCCAGUAAGGGAAGUGUGGGCGUAGCCAGCAAGAGCUUCUACUGUGAAGUUUGCGAGAUUCAUGUGAACUCUGAGACUCAGCUGAGCCAGCACAUGAACAGUCGAAGGCAUAAGGAUAGACUGGCUGGGAAGCCCCCUAAGCCCAAGUUCAACCCUCACGCCAAGAGCCAGCCUUCCUCAGCAGCAUCGCAGAGCAUCAGGUGGAAUGGUUAUGCGAGCAGUGCAGUGUCUGCAAUGAAGAAAGUCAUCACCCAAUGCAAUCUGUCCUCUCUGACCUCACAGACUAAGCUGAUUCUACAGAAGCACUUGACAAAAAAUCUAACCGCCAACUUUUUGCCCACCCACUUAACUCCGCCCACCAUCUGCACCGUCGCAGCCAAUCCGCUCGCUCUCCGUCACCCAGCGGGCACGGCUUUCAUUCAGACGCCAAUCCUCGGCCCCGCCCUCUUUCGACCGGCGCCUGGACCUCUGAGAGCCACGCACACUCCCAUUAUUUUUUCACCUUAUUGAGUACCCAAGCUUCUUACGAUCUUAUUAAGAUCUUACGAUCUUAGUCUUACGAUCUAUUCACAGCACCGACAGUCUCUGUACAAUCUCGUGCCCCUACUCUCUCCAAGAUACACACGCAGAUUAAAAAAAAAAACACACUCCAUUAAUGUUCCCUAUAACCCUCAAAGACUGUGCCCUAUAUGGGUCACUCUUGAACUAUGCAGCAAAGGGAGAGAGUGUGUGAUAUAUAGAAAGAGAGAGAGAGGGAACGCAUGAGAUAUUAUAGACGGAAGCAAGACCCGUUAUUGGGAGGGGCUUCAGCGCAAACACCAGCCCACUAUGCAGAUAAACGUUUGAUUGACAGGACACGCUGUCCUAGGAACGGCUGCUAAGGCGAUGAAAAAGAAUCUCUAUGAAAUGGAUAUUUAGCUUUGCUUUAGAUAUUUAUCAUUAUACAGAUAUUAAUCAGGUUUUUCUUCUAUAAUUUAGUAGAGAAAGCCAAUGUUAGAGACCUAUAACUGCUCUAGCUGUACGUUUAGUGAGGAAAUGCAAACAUCCCUUUACUUGAUGCAUUUUUUUAAUUCUUUUUCAAAUGUCUGUUUUCACGGCAUUCCACAUGUCCUUGGUCUGUGUUCACACGUUUCGAGUAACCUCAUCUGACCGGCUUUCCUUACAAACACAAACCUCAUCGGUCUGUCGGUUUACAGCUGCUAAAGCUCACUGUCAUGGGUAAUCACACAGUAAUACCGAGUGUGAGUCUAAUAGGAGAAGGUGACAAUUUUGUAGCACAGCAACGCUCUAAUUCUUCGCUCGCUCUCAAUCAGUCCCAAUUUUCUCAGUGUUGAUGCAUAGAUUAGAUGAUUCGAGAUUGCAGAUGCUCACACACUUACACACACAGUUUCAGAUGAGAUGAUUAUGGUCGAGUCACAAUUUGACGUGGCCUUUUAUGUCUGCAUAUUUCGUCCUCAGUAGUCCCUCAUUACGGCCUGACAAAGGUCAGCGUGCCUGUCAAAAUCUCCGUGUUCCAUCUCGAUUGAGAUCUAAAGCCACAGCAUGUUAUUUGUUUGUUGUAUGUGUGUGUAAAUGAUCCUGAACCUGUCAUGAGUUCAUUGCUCCUUUGUUUCUAUUCAACAGAAGGAAAACAUUAGGGGUUUGUUUCUGGAAGCGUUCACCGGUUUAGUGGCUGAGAUGAGCCAUUGCCAACACAUAAUGACUUUAAUAGCGGUUGGUGAAUAUAUUAAUACUAUAGAAAGGGAUUUUUGGUGCAAUAAUGUUACAAGAAUACACAGUGUAUUGUGUAUAAAAAUAUCAAAAUGAAAACGUGCGACAGGCUUAUAUUCAACGAUAGGGAAAUGAAACGAUCAAAACAUUGACUUUCUAAGGCACUUUUUGCAAUGUCUGCCGCUGUGUCUUUGAAUCAUCUUUAUUUACUUCUGGUUUCCAGCAAAUAUUGAUAGGCCUAUAUGCAAUUAAAUGUUUUAAACUAAUAACAGCCCUAAUCGAAAACUGACUACAAGCAUACAAACUGUUACAAAUCUGUCAAGAACAGAUUAUUGACCCAGGAUGGUCAUCUGAUGGUCUUGGGUGGAUCUCCAGACCUUAUAAUAGCAAAUAGGUGUUGAUGUUGAGUCUAUGUUGUUUCACUAAAGCCAUCGUUCGUCUGUUUUUCUUUCAAUGUGUCCACAGAGCUUUUUUUGUAAAUAUUUUAUGAAUACAUCUUUUAAAAGUGAUCUAUGAGUCAAUAACAUUUAUAAUAUAUUCACUAAGAAUUAGAGUAAAUAUGUAGAAUUUUAUGAAAUGUUUAAUGUAGAUGCUUUAUCUGGUUAUUGUAAUUAAUGUGAUGAUAAGAACGAUCUCUUCUUGAUGAAGUUAAUACUUUUGUUGCCAUUUCAACAGAAAUAAGCAGAUAAUCUAAUCUGAAGUAGAUAAGUUUAUGUAGUUUUCAUGUCAAAUUGUAAGUGCUUUGAGAGGAUUUUGAGGGGACGGAAUAUAAUGCUAAAAACGGGCCGUUUGAGACCCUAAACACCCAGAUAAGGGCGUCACAGUCUUGGUCAUGGGUGAGUCUCAUGCCCACUCAGGGCUCUUGCUUUCCAGACGAGGAAUCGCCCUUCGGGAAUGAAGCCUGGGGCCUUGAACAGAGCUAACCAACAACAGCCAUAUUGAAACCAAGCUGCAAGAGGCACAACAUGGACAAAUUCUGACUUUUCCUGAGGACACUUUAAAACAGAGACUUUGCGUGGACUCCAUGAUUUGUUUGUUUGUGUGGACGUGCGUUUUGAUAACUCCUGAACAUCACACCAAUCCAUCCUCCAUAGCUAGAAGAUCCAUAGAAAGACAAAAUGUGAAUGACAAAUAACAUUAUCUCAGUGAAUAUUGGUUUCUUGAGGCACCACUGACACAAUUAUUCCAUUUCUAGAUGUGUCAUGAGGUCCAUAUGUUUGGUUACGAUAUAAGUGUGACUGGCAAGUUAGUAGUUUCACAUCGUUCAUAACGUAACAGUUCAAAAAUAUCUUUAUAUUAUUUUGUUUGUUAGGGGCUUUGUUUGUUUCAGUGUAGUGAAAUUCAGUCUUUAAGCAAUAAUUGCGGAUACUGGAGCAUUUUUAAGAAAAUAGGAAGAUAACUUAGUUUCUCUCCCUCAGUCUGUCUUGUACGUUUUUCCUCUUAUUGUUUGGCGAGUUCUUCUCACAAUCACAAUAACACUGGAAACGGCUUCAUUUGACUUUUUUUCUUGGGCAUCUGAUGUAAUGGAACAUUUGCUGUGUCACAGGGCACUCCUGGAAACAUCCGUUGCCAGUGGUGACAAGACAAGUGGAUGGCAUUUUUAAUUUCUUCCACAUACGUCCACUGUGCUUCAGGACAAUUUGACCAUUCACACACAGACACACACAUCUUUCUUUCUGCUUUGUGCCAAACUCUACUAUGAUAAUGCCUAAAUGCCAUAUUAUUUUUUCAAUAGUAUUUUUUUCUUACACGGAAAAACAUACAAUCAUAGAAACACAUCGUGAUCAAAAAGCACACAAGUAUUUCUCCCAUAAAUAUGCAUCUGUUACAAACUCAUGGAGCCGCGUGUGCAAGUGUGUGUGAGCGUGCGCGCGCGUGACUGUUCUACAGAAAAAUAUGUAAAUUGUGUCAAAUCCAGCUAGAUGUUUUAAAGGCAUGAACCAAAAUGAGAACAUUUAAAUAAUGCUUCUAAAAAGGGACAUGGCCAGUAUUCCGUAAUUUAAAUAUUGACAGACAUCAUACUUGUUCGCUGUACUCGAUGCAUUUUUUGUUUGUUUGUGACUGCACCGAACUGUCAUCUGACACAAAGAGAAACGUAUUUUCAUAGGGUUUUUGUUUUCUGACUCAUUUGCUAUUUCUCUGUACAGGGUGUGUAUGAAUGCGUGAAAACGAAAUAAAGCAGAGAAUGAGAGAGAGAAAUAAAUCGAUUAGAUCUUCCACCUCAGCGCUCUGGCUUUUCUUUUAUGGGAUUGUGGUGCUGCUUAUUGACGGGAGCUUGACAGCUUGCAAUGGCGUAUUGCUUAAUUACAAACACGUCGAAACUCACGUAAACUUGUAAACUCACCAAACGUGCUACAGUCCAUAAUUUGUAAAGCUGUCUGUCCGACACACUCGAUGAUACACACACGGUAGUUUAGGUUUAGUCGUUUUUAUUAUGUCGCGCGAUAUUAAUGAUCGGGUGC